GGGGGAGCUGGCCAUCGCAGGAAAGCAGCGGGCGCGGAGCGCUCUCCCUCUGGCUAGCUGCGGAGCUGCGCAUGCGCUAGGGACUUUGGGGCGGAGCGGACACGGAGAGAGAGAUGAGUCUGUUGGUGCGCGCCGGGACCUGAAAUUCCGGGGGACUGCGCACGCGCGCCGGGCCUGCGCACGGGCGGCGAGCUCGACGGCGCAGGCGUAGGAGGGGCUCGCGCGGGGCGGGAGGAGGAGCCUCGGCAGCCUCGAGCUCAGUGUGCGGCGGGAGGCGGACGAGGAAGGAGCUCCCGGCCCGUUAACCCUUUCCCCGCCGCCGCCGCCUCCUCCUCCGCCGCCGCCGCCUCCGCCAACCCAUGCAAGGCAUGAUCGAGAUGGCGGCGGACAAGGAGACCUUCUUAGUGCCGGCCCCGCCGCCGCCCCUCCUCAAACCCCCGCCCAGAGGAGGGGGCGGGGCCGGAGGGGGGAACGUCCCCCUGGUGCAGCUGCGUCAGGGGGCCGCCCCGGCGGAGCUGCACCAGGAGGACGCCCAGGCCCAGCCAGCAGCAGCAGGAGGAGGAGUUGCUCAUAGGGGCCCCUCCUCCGCUAGGGUGAACCAGGGGCCCCAGGACCCUCACCCCCCCGCCCAGCGCAGACCCCCAGCCAAAGGAGGGGGUCCCUCCGCAGCAGCAGCAGCGUCCGAGGAAGGGGAAGAGAGCGUCUCCGAGCUGCAGCGGCCCCGCAACGGCUUCCAGCCCCCGCCCCACCACCAGUCCCGGGCCCCCGGCGGGGGCAAGAGACGCAGCAGCUGCAACACCGGCGGAGGCUUCAAGCACCCGGCCUUCAAGCGGCGCCGGCGCGUCAACUCCGAGUGCGACCCGGUGCUGCCCUCCGAGUUCCUGCUGGGGGGCAACAUCUUCGACCCGCUCAACCUCAACAGCCUGCUGGACGAGGACGUCAACCAGGCCGUCAACGCCGAGACCCCCAAGUCCUCGCCGCUGCCCGCCAAGGGACGGGACCCGGUCGAGAUCCUCAUCCCCAAGGACAUCACCGACCCGCUGAGCCUCAACAACGCCCAGGAGGAUCCCCCGGUGUUGGCGUCGCCCGUCAAGCCCGGGCGGAAGCGGCACCGACACCGGGGGGCGCAGAGGGGGGCGGCCGGGCUGGAAGGAAGCAGCGGCGGCAAACCCCCGCUGCCCGCCUCGUGCAAAGCGUGCCAGAAGACGUGUAACGGGGCCACGCCGCAGCCCUACGAACUCAACACGGCCAUCAACUGCCGGGACGAGGUGGUGUCGCCCCUGCUGCCGGCCGCAGGGGAGGCUCAGCCCGGGCAGCAGGCCUCUGGGGGUGCCACGCCGUCGGGCACUUCUGUGGCCUCCUGGACGGCCGGGGGCAGCAGCAGCAGCAGCAGCCGCCACCGCAAGCGGCGCAGGACUAGUAGCAAGUCAGAGGGAGGAGGAGGAGGAGGUCGGCAUCCGGGGGCCUCCACGUCCGGCGAGCAGCCCUGCCGAAGCAGCCCGGACCGGGGGCACAGCUUGCCGAGGGGCCGCCACCCUCUGGCUGCUCCUGGCCAGUCGGUCCGGCGCCAGCCGCCGCGCCACAAGUUCCAGUACGGCAACUACUGCAAGUACUACGGCUACCGCAACCCCAGCUGCGAGGACCCCCGCCUGCGGGUGAUGAAGCCUGAGUGGUUCCAGGGAAAGGAGGUUCUGGACGUGGGCUGCAACGUGGGGCACCUCACCUUGAGCGUGGCCAAAAAGUGGGGCCCCGCCAGAAUAGUGGGGGUGGACAUUGACGGCGCCCUCAUCCACUCGGCCCGCCAGAACAUCCGGCACUACCUUUCGGAGGAGAUGCAGGAGCAGCAGCGGGACCAUGACGGUGGUGGCACCAGCAGCAGCCAAGGGGCCAGGCGUGCCAAGAAAACCUUCCCGGCCUCCCUCAUGGCCAGCCGAGGGCCCAUCGCUGCACCAAGGGUACCCCAGGACGGGGUGGACGCCACGGUCUUCCCCAACAACGUGUUUUUCGUCAAGGGCAACUACGUGCUGGAGCAGGACGAGCUGCUGGAGGCCCAGAAGCCCGAGUACGACGUGAUCCUGUGCCUCAGCCUCACCAAGUGGGUACACCUCAACUGGGGCGACGAGGGCCUCAAGCGCCUCUUCAAGCGGUUCUACCGCCACCUGCACCCGGGCGGAAUCCUGAUCCUCGAACCCCAGGCCUGGUCCUCCUACGGCAAGAGGAAGAACCUGACGGAAACAAUAUGCAGGCAUUACUACCGGAUCAAGCUGAAACCAGACCAGUUCCCCUCUUACCUGACUUCGCCGGAAGUGGGCUUCUGCAGCUACGAAUUGGUGGCCACACCCAGGAACACAUCGAAAGGAUUCCAGCGACCCAUCUAUCUCUUCCACAAAGCCGGCCCUGGCGCCCACUGAGAGCGUCUCUGACGCCGACGCCUCGCCCCCUCCUUUUCAAAUCAGCCACUUGCUGGGGCUGGGGGGCUAACGCGACCCCCCCCCCACGGAUGAAUGUUGGACACUUUGCUGGCAGGAGGGGAGAGCCUUUCCUCCCGGCCAGGACGGAGCAAGCCAGACUUCAAAGACAGCCAGAGACUGCAGUGGGGCC